AACAUUGUCUGCAGGCCAUGUUUCCUGGAGUGGACAGGCCUUACAGACAGACAACCAUGUGUCGACAACCUUGCUUAUGAUCGCCGCACGAACCUCUGGCUGUGAACUACAAUGUUGUUCCUGUAUUAUUGUGACACUGUUUACACAUUGCCCAUCCCUCCGCGACACACCUUAAGUGCCACCACGCCACGCUUCCCAGCCAACUAGCCGCGUGACGCACCGCACCUUACAAACACAACACGUUACUGCACAACCCUGAAGGGAAGGAAGGAGUGGGGUUGCGGGACAGGGAGGCCCUUAUAAAAGGAACUCAAGGUGAUAAUCAGCCACAAGACACUGCAGCAGCCUGGGAGUCGUGGUCUUCCCGUGUUUUGUCCAGCUCAACGCCACUGCAGGGAAGAUGAAGUUCUUUGCUGUUUUGUUCUGCAUGUUUCUUGCAGGCAUUCAGAGGUCACACGGACGGACGUGCCCUGCACCGCUUCCUGCCUUUCACACACCCAAUAGUGAGGUGUUCCCAGGUACGCUGCAGAACGGGAACGAAUAUUCCAGUGGUAGUCAUUUGCCCAUCUGGCCCAAAAUCGUGGGCGGCACCGAGGCGGAGAAACACGAGUUCCCGUGGGUGGUGGCUCUGAUGGGUCGCUACGAGAAUACAGAAUUUAAACAACUCUGCGGCGCCUCCGUGAUAGACGAGUGGUGGGUGAUGACUGCAGCCCAUUGCAAAGUUCCUUCCAUUUAUGAGUUCAAGAUCAUAGCAGGGGAACACAGCCUAGAAAAAGAGGAAGGAGAUGAGCAGCACAGAAGGGUAACCACCAUCGUCAUGCAUCCAGAGUGGGAUUUAGAAACAGCAAAGAACGACAUCGCCCUCAUGAAGCUGUCAGAGCCGCUGGAGUUGGAAGGAAAGACCGUCUCUCCCAUAAAUCUGCCAUCCCCACUCGCCGACUCUUCAGGGGACUGUAUAGUGGCAGGAUGGGGCACCCUGGAUGAUGUAAGUCUUCUUAGCCCUGACGUCCUCAUGAAGGUCACGGUGCCCCUGAUCACUGACGAAGAAUGUGCAAAAAUUUACAGUACUGUAAAUAUCAACGAUGGCGUUAGUCACGAUACGAUCUGUGCUGGAUACCACGAAGGGGGAAAGGGUCCCUGCCACGGUGAUUCUGGCGGUAGCCUUGUGUGCCAGGGGCCAAACGAGAAGUCUUAUGCUGCAGGCGUGGUGUCUUGGAGUUAUGGGUGCGCCCAUCCCGGCUUUCCUGCAGUGUACACUGAGGUGAGUCACUACAUUGACUGGAUCACUCAAGCCAGAGAAAAGAUCUUAUUAGCACUCCAAGCCACAAGGCACUGCAGCAGCCUGGGAGUCGCGGUCUUCCCGUGUCUUGUCCAGCUCAACGCCACUGCAGGGAAGAUGAAGUUCUUUGCUGUUUUGUUCUGCAUGUUUCUUGCAGGCAUUCAGAGGUCACACGGACGGACGUGCCCGGCCCCGCUGCCUGCCUCUCAUACGCCCAAUGGUGUGAUGUUUCCAGGACGGCGAGAUGGCAACGAAUGCAACAGAACUGGUAACAACAUACUACCUACCAAGCCCAGGAUCGUGGGCGGCACUGUAGCGGACAAACACGAGUUCCCGUGGGUGGUGUCCCUGCAAGUUUACUUCCCUCACCUGGAAGAGUAUGCACACAUAUGCGGCGCCUCCGUGAUAGACGAGUGGUGGAUAAUGACUGCCGCCCACUGUGUCUAUUUUAGUUUCGACUUGGAGUUCAAGAUCGUGGCCGGUGAACAUGAAUUUUCAGUAGUCGAAGAUGAGGAGCAGCACCGUAAGGUAGGAACCAUUGUCAUAAAUCCUGAGUUUGACGAAUGUUCACUCGCGAAUGAUGUUGCCCUCUUGAAGCUGCCGGAGAAACUGAAAUUGGAUGGAAAGACCGUCGCUGCCAUCAACCUGCCAGCCCCACAAACCAACUCCACAGGGGACUGUGUGGUGACUGGCUGGGGCACAGUAAAUGAAGAAGAAUUCGAUAGCUCUGACGUCCUGAGGAAGGUCACGUUACCCAUAAUUCCAGACGAAGAAUGUGGAGAAAGUUACGAUUAUUUUGGUAUGACGAUUUUCGACAGUAUGAUCUGCGCUGGAUACGAAGAAGGUGGCAAGGACUCCUGCUGGGGUGACUCUGGCGGCAGCCUCGUCUGCCAGGGAGAGAACAACGAGAUUUACGCGGCUGGCGUGGUGUCUUGGGGCUUCGGGUGCGCCCGCCCAGAAUAUCCUGGCGUAUACACUGAGGUGAGCUACUUUGUUGACUGGAUCAAUGAAGUCAGGAAUCAGAAGUAGUUGCAACGCUGGCCCAUGAGACCCAUCACGGGAAGAAAAGAAAACACGCAGACGACACUGGAAUGCAAAACCACCCUCAACCGGCGCCUAGAAAAUCCCAAGACCAGCAUCUUCCAUUGGCAAAGACACCAUGAAGAACCACUGGUCAAACUAUUUCACAGAUCAUUUCACAAUACAAUCAUUCAGUACAUGCCUGCAUGUGUGAGCUGCUUUUAGGUGUUGAAAACCAUACUGAUACAGUAAAUAUGUCGUGUUUUGAAUCAUCGCCUUUCUUCUGCAGGAUUUCCCAAAUUAAUGCAGUGACCAGAAUCCUACGCCAUGAUCUAGAUGAGAAAUAAAGUCUCAGCAUAACCA